AACAAAAAUUUUGUGAUCAGUAAGCGCGGGCGCGCCUUACCAUAUACACGCAAUUUUUUGUCGCCAAUUUUUGUUUUUCGUGAAAACUUUCUUCGUGUUAAUAUUGAUGCAGUGAUAAAAAUAAGUGCAGUGUUAUACUUACAUAGUAAAGAAUGCUGUUGUUGAUAGUGUUGUGAUUGUGUUAAGUAGUUUUACGGUUAUAUUUAGUUCGUAUUUUAUUUGCAUAAAUGAAGUUAGAUGUGCAGUGGCAGUUUAAGCCAAGUGCAACCAAACAUGUAGAAAAUGGUCAUUCAAUAUCUCAAAAAGACGUCGCGAUGGAGACCGACGACGACGCUCUGCGCACCAACAUAUUGGACGACAUGCCCCCGAUCAACUGCGAUUCCUCUCUGGAAGGCGCCACGGGCACCGGCUCCAACGACAUCGGCGACAUGACAUUCUGCAUGGGCAAUUACAUAAGCGACUUUAUGAGGAUGAUGUUCACGAUGAGAUCUCACCACAUGUUGACCGACGUAGUCUUAGAAGUUGGGAACGAGUUAUUCCACGUACACAAAAUAGUGCUGGCGGCGGGGAGCCCUUAUUUUAAGGCGAUGUUCACGAGCGGUCUGAAGGAGAGCGAGAUGUCGCGCGUGCGGUUGCAAGGAGUCUGUCCAUCAGCGAUGGCGUGGCUUGUCUACUUCAUGUACACGGGCAAGAUCCGCAUCACCGAGGUCACCGUCUGUCAGCUACUGCCAGCCGCCACCAUGUUCCAGAUAUCGAACGUGAUCGACGCGUGCUGUGCGUUUCUGGAACGGCAAUUGGAUCCUUCGAACGCGAUCGGCAUAGCAAACUUCGCGGAACAGCAUGGCUGCGUCGAACUCAAGAAGAAAGCUAACCAGUUCAUCGAAAGGCAUUUCACACAGGUGUGUCAAGAAGAGGAAUUUCUGCAACUAACGACACAAGAAAUCAUAUCUUUAAUACGAAAAGAUGAACUUAACGUCAGGGAAGAGAGGGAAGUGUAUAACGCUGUUUUAAAUUGGGUGAAGCACGACGAGGACAGGCGCCACGCGCGCAUGGAGCACAUCCUGCAGGCGGUGCGGUGCCAGUACCUCACGCCGAGCUUCCUCAAGGAGCAGAUGAGCACCUGCACCGUGCUCAAGAAGGUGCCCGCCUGCAGGGAAUAUUUAGCUAAAAUUUUUAAGGAUCUCACAUUACAUAAGAAGCCAGUGGUGAAAGAGCGUCGGCCGAACACGCCUCGCAUCAUAUACGUCGCUGGCGGUUACUUCAGGCAUUCGAUCGACGUGUUCGAGGCGUUUAAUCUGGACGACAACUGCUGGGCCUCGCUUCCGAGGCUCACCGUGCCCAGAUCAGGCCUUGGCGCUGCGUUUCUCAAGGGUUUGUUCUACGCGGUGGGCGGUCGCAACACGUCGCCGGGCUCGUCGUACGACAGCGACUGGGUGGACGUGUACAACCCCGUGACGGAGCACUGGCGCCCCUGCAGCCCCAUGUCCACGCCCCGGCACAGGGUUGGAGUCGCGGUUAUGGAUGGAUUCCUGUACGCGGUGGGUGGGUCGGCCGGCUCCGAGUACCACAAGUCUGUUGAAUGUUAUGACCCGGAACAUGACGUGUGGACGUCAGUGGCGGCCAUGAGUAGCGCGCGGCUCGGCGUGGGCGUGGCCGUCGUGAACCGCCUGCUGUACGCCGUGGGCGGCUUCGACGGCGCGCGCCGCAUCGCCUCCGUCGAGUGCUACCACCCCGAGAACAACUGCUGGACCGAGGUGUCGCCCAUGCACGUCGCCAGGAGCGGGGCCGGCGUGGCGGCCAUGAACCAGUUCAUAUACGUCGUGGGCGGGUACGACGGGUCGCAGCAGCUGUCGUCGGUGGAGCGCUACGACACAGAGCGGGACGCCUGGGAGCACGUGGCGCCCGUGCACAUCGCACGCUCCGCGCUCUCGCUCACCGUGCUCGACAACAAGCUCUAUGCGCUAGGCGGUUACGACGGCACGUCGUUCCUGGACAUAGUGGAGGUGUACGAUCCGGCGACGAACACGUGGUCGCAAGGCACGCCGCUGACGUCGGUGCGGUCGGGCCACGCGUCGGCGGUGUGCUACCAGCACGUGACGCCGGUGACGGAGCACUGCGACCAGCCGCCCGCCGUCAUCAAGAAGCUCGGCAAGCGGCCCGCGGCGGUGCCGUCCGCGUCCACGUCGUUCUACUCGUCGGCGUCCACGCCGGCCGCGCCUGUCGCGUCGUCUUCGCGCGACGAUAUCCCCAUGGCCAAUAACAUCAUACGAACUUUAUCCAACACUCAGAACUCUUCCAAUGGCGGCGUAUAGUUGUGACUGUUUGUACAUAGUAUGUGACUUGUUUUGGCUGUGUUGAUACCGAUCACUCGCAGUAGAUAUUAUUCCCUCACUAUUCCGGUGGCAGUGUACUUGGGCUGCGAAACCAUUAAGUACGAAGGUUCCAUGACCAGUUCGGAGUAAAAGUUUUUUUUUUGUUCGAAAAACACAUGACGCUUUAGUUCAGAUUCAUGGAACACAAACUCGAGAAACCGAACUGAGUUAGUUGGGACAUAGGGGUGAUCUUAUUAUGUGAAUGAAUUAAUAAAAACGUGAUCAAAUAUUAUGUAAGCCAUAUUCAUACAGCUCUGGGAAGGAAAAUACUACGGAAUAUUACUUAAAUAAAUAAAUAUAUAGAGAAAAAAUAACCAGAUACUUUACACAAACUAUCGCUCAUUACUAAAAAAAAACGUUAUUUUACUGCAUAGAAAAUUAAUUAGAAUCGUUUCUGCGCGAUCUGUACCCGUAGCACGAAUAUCUGCGUAAUAGUUCUCGUUAGUUGUAGGUCCAUUUAAGUCUUUAUAAGGGUAUUUGAAUCAUUCAAGUAAAUUUUUGUAAUUAUAUUAGCAAGAUUAAUCGUAAUGCGGUUUCCCGCUUCCCGAUACCUCAGAUAGUUUACAGAAUUCAUUUGAAUUUGUCUGUGUACCGUCGAUGUACUAACUUGUUUCGGUAUGGUUUAAGUUUUGCUGACAUUUACAACAAUAAUGUAUAAAAGAAUUACUAACGUAUUAUUCAUUCAUUUCUUAAGCGAGGUUUAGAUUAGCAAGAAAUCUUGCAGACAUCAAUGCAAGCUCACUUCUGAAAUUUAUUUAACUUGCAGUUUUUUCCGCAACAACAUUUGACAAUUUGGAGUGAGAACUUGUAGUUUAUUUUGCUUGGAAAAAAAAGUUGUAACUUGCUGAACAAGUAAAGAUAUCGUUAUCUGUAUUAUCCUUUGGUUAUUCGUUAUAUAUAGAACCAGCAUCAGAGACCGUAGUGUCAAGUCAUAAGCUGAUAGUAUUACCGCUGUCUAUUUUACCACCAAGUAGAAGUAUGUAUCACUUAUUAUGUUCCUAUUUGGCGGCAUCGGGAUGACGAGCGCAGUGACAUGCCACACACCGCUUUGUCCGUGCAAAGUUUGUUAUGUUCAAACGUUGAUAUGUCUACAGUCACUUGUGGCGUUAAAAUCCAGCUUGAGCAUUCGUUACAUUAGAUACAGAAAAUUUGAAAAAAUAAUUUGUUUGCCAUUUUUUAUUAUAAAAAAAAGUUGCAAGCAUAAAAUGUUCGUCGUGUAAUGUAAACAGCUUGAAAUGAACUUGCUAGUCUAAACUUUAUAUUUAGCAAUAUUGUUUCCACUUCCCAGGGAAAAAGAACUUUGUGAAUAUUUAAAGUCUUUCAUAAUAGGAACGAUGGCUAAGAUCAUGGCGUUUAAACAUGAAGUAAUUGUAAUACAUGGUUUUUGUAAAGAAUUUGAAUACAAGAAUAAGGGACGCCUUAUCAGAGUAUUGGAAUUCCUCUGAAUAAAUCGAAAAUUUGGAAUCAAAAAGUCAGUGGUCAUAAGACUCGUUUUAUUUUCUUACCUAUCAUGUCUAGAUUUCAAUAUAAAAUAAGUACUUAAUCAAUUAAAUCAAUGUAAGAUUUUCCGAUGAAAAUUAUUAUCUUUGUCAUAAAUUACAAUUUUAUUAUAAAACACUUCGAAUGUAUUAAAAUUCCUGAAAUAGAAAAAAUAAAAAUUAUCGUUAUUGUGUUUUCAUAAAUUGGAAAAAGUGAAAUUUAUGAAGACACGCUCUGCGACUUUCUUAGUCAUUUUAUAUUACUACUGCCAGAUUUUUGUAAAUAUAUAUCUUGGAGUCAUGCGCCAUAUGCAAUUUUAGAUUUGUUUAUAGAGUUAUGAUGUAUAAUGCUGAUGUGGUUUUGUAUGUUUAUUUAAGUGUUGUGUAAUAAAACAUUUAUCGUGUACAAAUGGCCAUUUCGUAAUGCGUAAAAUAAACGAAUAAUAUUCCUUUGUUGUAUAGUGUAAGUCGGUAAUGUUACAUACAAUAAUGUAAAUAUAAUAUAGGAAUAAUUAUAAGGAAAAUAAAGACUGUUAUGGGUAUUUAA